AUGGCUCUCUCCGCUGCUGACCUCCAGAGGAGGCACGAACUCGAAGGUGCCCCGGACCCCUUCCCCAGCCUGGCAGACGACAUCCCCACCCGGCCCCGUGUCGCCCCGUCCAACGGUCGCGUCGACACCAGCUCCCAAGAGGCUUUUCCUUCGCUCGCCCCCGUCACACAGGUGGCGAAGCCUGUCUCUGCCGCCUGGGGCGCGAACGCCGGCCCGCGCAUCAAGCCUGCGGCCUCGAAGCUGCCCGUCUUCUCGGACUCGUUGGUGAUUUCGUCCAUCGACCUCUCCACCGCCGGCAGGGAUGGCAAGCCGACCUCGCUCGGUGAAAUCGCGAAGCAGGUCAUGGCGCAGUACAAGGUCAAGCUCGACUCCUCCACGAACGCCAAGUCGCGCCAGACUACGUUCUACCUCAAGGCCGAGAGCAAGAAAGAGCUGGACAAGGCGAAGCGCAGCCUCCUCGCGCACCUCAGCCCCAUUGUCACCUUGGUCUUGGACGCACCGGCGGCCACCAUCCCUAUGAUCAUCGGUCCCAAGGGUGUCACUCUCAAGCAGGUUCGCGACCAGACCAAUGUCAAGAUCGAUAUUCCCCGCCGUGAUACACUCGCUCCGACCAACGGCACAAACGGCACCUCGCACGACCCGUCUCGCACAGCAACUCCCCUUCCCGGCACCCCGUCCUUAGGGGAUGAAGAGGAGGAGCCCACGAUCCCAGUCACCAUCACCGGCCCGCAGCCCUUUGCGUAUGAAGCAAGGGACAUGCUCAACGGGAUCAUUGGCUCCAGGCACUCGGUCAAGCGUGUGCGUGAAAUCCCCGAGCACGUCCUACCGUUCCUCCUUCCGCGCCGCGCGACCAUCGAGGCCGCGGCCAACGGCGACGUCACUCUCCAGCUCAACGUUGCCGUGCGCGAGAUUACUGUCUCCGGUGAACGCGGGGCUGUUGGACGCGCCAUUGAGGCGAUCAAGUCUGCUGUCGACUACUUCACGGCCGAGACGAUCUCGCUCAAGCUGUCGCUUCCCAAGCGCCAACACCGUCUGCUCACCCCGAAGAACAUCGAGGACAUCAUGGCCACGUCUCGGUGCGCUGUCGUCCUGCCUUCGCCCGAGGACUCGAGCGAGGAGAUCAUUCUCUGGGCCAAGGCCGCCGACGUCGGCAACGGUCAGCUUUUGACGUACAUGGUGCGCGUGGAUUACGCCCAGACACUCGCCGAGAAGCACCCUGGCGUUCAGGUGUUCACCCCUCCUCUCUCCAUCCUGGACCGCGCGACAACGAUCAACGUUGAGAUCGUUGGUGACAAGCCCAGUGUGGACGCGGCAGUUAGCGAAACCUCGGCUCUUAUUGGCAAACUAUACGGCGCGACCAAGGACGUUCAGAUCGACUGGCUCCAUCACGAAAUCAUCAACUCACACAAGAACGCGAAAAAGAUCAAGGGCUUCCAUGAUGUCUACAACGUCUUGGUCUUCUUCCCUCCCGAGUCUGCCGAACAAUCCACGGUCCUCCUGGUUUACGAUCCCACCUCCCCCAAUGCCUCCCCUUCUCCGAUUGAAAAAUUGAAGAGUGUAGAGGACGUCGAGAAGGAGUUGCUCAAGAUGGCGCGCGAUGCUGCUGACGUCAAGAGUGAAAUCGUCGAGGUCGAGAAGAAGUGGCACGACGCCGUCGGCCGGGACCUCAACGCACUCAUGGGCGAGGACAACACGCUCUCUGUCAAGUACGGGUCCGCCGCCGGCCAAGCCACCGAUAGCUUCAUCCUCGUCCGUGGCAUCAGCGCGGACGUGGACCUUGCCGUCAAGCACAUCAAGAAGAUCGUCGAGGACGCGAAGAACGACGAGAUCGCGAGCUCACACUCGAUCGAGUUCGAAAUCGAGCGUGAGUAUGUCGGCCGGAUCGUCGGUGCCGGCGGUGCUGGGGUGAACAAGCUCCGCGACCAGCUCGGUGUCAAGAUCGACUUCUCGGACGAGGGCGAGGACAAGGAGUUCAAGGAGAGCGGGAAGCGGAAGAAGGGCGUUGUGGGCUCGCACCAGAAGUCUAAGGUCAAGAUCAUUGGCCGCAAGGAGAACGUCGAGGAGGCGAAGCACCGCAUCCAAGCACAGGCGGACCGCCUCGCGGACGAGACGUCCGAGACCCUCAAGAUUCCGCACCAGUACCAUUCGUCGCUCAUCGGCCAGAGCGGGAAGUACGUCAUCCGACUCGAGGACAAGUACAGCGUCAAGAUCACGUUCCCGCGUGAGUCUGCGGAGGGCGACAGUAGGACGCGCGAGCCUCUCAAGGCGGACGAGGUCCUCGUCAAGGGUGGCAGGAAGGGCGUGGCCGCUGCCAAGCAGGAACUCAUGGAUGCUGUGGAAUUCGAGAGGGAAACGAACAAUGUAGUCAAGUUCACUGUCCCCGCUCGCUCCGUCGCUCGUAUUCUCGGCAGGGCUGGUGCCACCAUCAACGAGAUCAAGGACACGUCCGGUGUCCAGAUCGAUGUCGACAAGCUGGCCGAUGACAAGGACAACGCUACGAUUACCGUCCGCGGCCCCAAAAAGGCCAUCAACGAGGCAAAAGUGGCCAUCCUCGCUAUUUCUGAGCAAGUGUCGGAGGAGACUACGGCGACCUUCGAUGUCCCUAGCAAGUUCCACCGCACGAUCAUUGGUGCCGGCGGACAAGGCCUUAAGGAUCUCAUCUCUCGUUGCGGCGGCCCCUCUGACUCCAAGGCUCAGGCGGGCUUGAUUCGCUUCCCGCGUCAGGGCGAGCCCUCCGACGAGGUUCGCCUGCGUGGUGAGCCCAAGCUCGUGGCGAAGCUCAAAGCGGAACUGGAAAAGAAGGUCGCCGAGCUGAAGGACCGCGUCGUGCUCGGAGUCGACAUCCCCGAGUCCCAGCACCGCGCUCUCAUCGGCCGCGGCGGUCAGCACCUCAACGACCUGCAAGAGCGCACAAAGGCCCAGAUUCAGUUCCCUGGCUCGCGCUCGUACAACCAGGUCGGCGAGCCCGAAAACACCGACGACCUGGCGGGUGUCGAUCCCACCAACCUGGUCAAGGUAUCUGGUCCUCGCGCUGCUUGCGAGAAGGCCAUUCAGGAGCUUAAGUCUUCUGUCAAGCCCCCUGCUCCGGAGGCUGUCACUGGAACGGUCACUGUCCCGCUCAAGUACCACUACGCCGUCUCGCAGCAGGGCAACCUCUUCCGCCAGCUCCGCUCCUCUGGCGUGCACGUCGAGCAGUCUGCAUCGCCGACCAAGCCCGCCGUGCCCCCGCAGCCCACGGCACCCGCGGGCGCCGCGACGGCGCGCAUCGACGACGCUGAUGUGGACGCUGGCGCGGCGGCUCAGGCGCAGUGGCAGGUCGUGUCCAACUACCAGGACGCGGAGGAGGGCGAUUCCGUCUGGACGCUCAAGGCGCGCGAACAGGCCGGGCUCGACCGCGCACUCAAGCUCAUCGCGGAGGGGCUCGCGCACGCGGAGAAGAUGACCCACGUCGGCUUCCUCACCCUGCCCGACCGUUCGAUGUUCCCGCGGAUUGUCGGCUCCAAGGGCUCGAACGUCGCCCGCCUCCGCAACGAGAGCGGUGCGGACAUCACUGUAAGCCACGAGGACAGCACGAUCGUCAUCGUUGGCUCGGAGACCGCGAUUAUCGCUGCGAAGGACGCAAUCCUCAAGAUGACGACCAACACCAACAGCCCCCGUCCUCCGCGCCGUGAACGACGGGAGGCGUAA